UUUCUGAGAUCUCGCGAGAAUGUACGCGACCUUGUUCGUCAGUUCCAUGAUGGCUGAAGAUCCCGGAGGAGCUUUCUUUAAUUUCACCCUCAUUUUUAUCGUUUUUUCGUUACCUCUGCUGGAAAGAUGGCAGGGCACACAGCCUCGAUAAACGGCCAUAGACCCCCGCUAUCGUCAUGCCCAAGAAAGGGAACCGAAAACGGCUGAAAUUUAGAGCCGAGGAUGUUUGCUCGGAGUCAGUAACGGUGGCUGACUAUGCCAACGCCGAUCCCGCCAUCGUAAAGUCGGGAAGAGUUAAAAAGGCUGUUGUUAAUGCAAUUGAAAAAGAAGUGAAAUUACUCUGUGGGCUUGAGGCAUCCCAGGGUCCUGUGCAGGAAGUGCUCUCCUCUGCAGCUGGUGUGAGUAAUACAGCCUGUGAGAGCAGUGAUGAACUGGACUCCGAGGAAGGGGAUGAAAUCAAAGGGUCCCGCAAAAAGAAAAACAAAAGACGCAAAGGUAACUGCAGAGCAUUUGGCCCAUUUGACAGCUUGGGCGGAACGUCUAUUAAAAACUCCUCUCCAACCACCAGUCUGAGUGAGCUAGAGGCUGCGAGAAAUACAUCACAAUAUUGA